AGUCACGUCAUGACGUGCGGUUUUACUGUUUUGGAAAGGUCGUGUCCAACCUCACAUUUUUAGAGAAAGACCCUCACAAAUUGAGUGAAAAAUCCCCUAAAACAGUGAUCUCCUUGAGUAAUAGUUGUCUGUAUCGUGAGUCAAGAUGCCCGCGGAAAACUUGGAAGAGCAGGGAUUGGAGAAGAAUCCCAAUUUGGAGCUGGCGCAGUUCAAGUUUCUGUUGAGCCUUCCGGAGCAUCGGAGCGACAAGGAGCUGCAGGGGAAGCUGAUGAGCGCCAUCCGUACAGACAACAUGGCCCCAUUCUAUGAGGAGGUGUGCAAGGAUCUGAGCUGGCCCAUCGAUCAGGCCCUCCUGGCGAAGAUGAAGGAGACGAAUGAGAAAAAGCUGGAGGAGCUGAAUGCAGUGAUUGAGGACGCCGAGAAGAAUCUGGGCGAGAUGGAGGUGCGCGAGGCGAAUCUGAAGAAGUCAGAGUUCCUCUGUCGCAUCGGUGACAAAGAGGGUGCCGUGAGUGCCUUCAGGAAGACGUACGAUAAGACCGUUUCUCUGGGGCAUCGGCUGGACAUUGUGUUCCAUAACAUCCGCCUGGGGCUCUUCUACUUGGAUCACGAUCUCAUCACGCGCAACAUUGAGAAGGCCAAGACAUUGAUUGAGGAGGGAGGCGAUUGGGAUCGUCGCAAUCGCCUGAAGGUUUAUCAGGGCGUCUAUUGCAUCGCCGUGAGGGACUUCAAAUCCGCGGCCACGUUCUUCCUGGACACCGUGAGCACCUUCACAUCGUACGAGCUGAUGGACUAUCCCACAUUUGUCCGCUACACCGUCUACGUGGCGAUGAUCAGUCUCCCGCGCAACGAGCUGAGGGACAAGGUGGUGAAGGGAUCUGAGAUCCAGGAAGUCCUGCACUCGCUCUCCGACGUGAAAGCCUACCUCACGUCGCUCUACAACUGCCAGUACGCGGAGUUCUUCCUCAACCUGGCCAAAGUGGAGGCAUUCCUCCGCAAUGAUUAUCUCGUGAAUCCUCACUAUCGCUUCUACGUGCGCGAGAUGAGGAUCCUGGCGUACACGCAGCUCCUGGAGUCCUAUCGCUCCCUCACGCUGCAGUACAUGGCCCAGGCCUUCGGCGUCUCCAUUGAGUACAUCGACACCGAGCUGUCGCGCUUCAUCGCGGCGGGGCGACUGCAUUGCAAGGUGGAUCGCGUGGGUGGCAUUGUGGAGACCAAUCGGCCGGACAGCAAGAACUGGCAGUAUCAGGCCACGAUCAAGCAGGGGGAUCUCCUCCUGAACAGAGUGCAGAAGCUGAGCAGGGUCAUCAAUAUUUAAUUGCUUGUCUGUCGCUGAAUAUCUAAUAAAUUUUCUAAUCUA